AUGGUGACACCUCCUUCCACGGUGGCAGCACCUCCAAGCCCCCUGAGAAUGGAAGCUCGUCGUGUCAAUGUUGUUUCAUUGACUGAUGCUAAUGCUUUACUUUCUAGGAUUGUUAUUGACGAGGAUAUUUUGAAUGGUGAAGUUAUUAUAUUGCUGGAUAUUUCAAAGUGCCUCUAUGAUGCUAUAUCUAGAAUGGAGAAGGCUACUGAGCAGGGGAGUGCCAUUACUGCUGCUGUGGAAGGCAUGGAAAGUCAAUGGGGAAACAUUUUUACUGUUCCUCAUACAUUUAUAGAAACUCUGAUGGAACGAAUGUUCAGGCCUUCUUUGUCAAUAAUUAUUGGUGAACAAAAAAAAGGGAUACUCACUUCAAAGGAUAUUAUCAUCCAAAUAACUCAUGCAGCAAUUUACAUGGUUGAAAGUAGCUCUGAAGCUAUUAAUGAUAUAGCCAAUACACUAAUGCAAAUGUUUUGGGAUUCUGCUCUUGCUUUAAAACCACCAGAUGAUUAUGACACCCAAAGUGAAAUGUGUGCCCUAAAGACAUCAGAUGGGGUAGAACUUGGAAGGUAUCCAUCUCUUAGUCUUGAAAUUUCAUUUGCCUUCAAAUUUGAGGAUCUAUAG